AUGGCUUCUUGUGGCAAGAAGCUCAUCAACGACCCCAAUGAUGUUGUGACAGAGUUUAUUGAGGGUCUUGUGGAGUCCUAUCCUGGGAUGCAAUAUCUGGAUGGUUUCCCGGAGGUCAAGGUUGUUUUACGUGCUGAUGUUGCUGGUGCCAAAAAUGACAAAGUUGCAAUCAUAUCAGGGGGUGGAAGCGGCCAUGAACCUGCUCAUGCUGGUUUUGUUGGAGAAGGGAUGCUCACUGCUGCUGUAUGUGGAGAUGUGUUUGCAUCACCACAAGUAGAUUCAAUCCUAGCUGGCAUUCGAGCUGUAACUGGUCCCAUGGGAUGUCUUCUAAUUGUCAAGAAUUAUACUGGUGACCGUCUGAAUUUUGGAUUGGCUGCUGAGCAGGCAAAAUCUGAAGGUUAUAAAGUAGAGUCUGUAAUAGUUGGAGAUGACUGUGCUUUACCUCCACCACGGGGCAUUGCUGGUAGAAGAGGUUUGGCAGGGACUAUUCUAGUACAUAAGGUUGCUGGUGCUGCUGCGGCUGCUGGUCUUCCUCUUGAGGAUGUUGCUGAAGAAGCAAGGCAUGCAUCUGAAUUAGUUGGAACCAUGGGUGUCGCAUUAUCAGUGUGCACACUGCCAGGGCAAGUCACACCAGAUCGUCUAGGAUCCGGAAAAAUGGAACUUGGUCUUGGAAUUCAUGGCGAACCUGGUGCUGCAGUUGCCGACAUUCAGCCUGUUGCUGUUGUGGUCUCUCAUGUUCUUAAGCAAAUUCUCUCUCAGGAAACUAAUUACGUUCCAAUUACCCGGGGCAGUCGAGUGGUGCUCAUGGUCAAUGGAUUAGGUGCGACCCCUGCCAUGGAGCUAAUGAUUGCCGCUGGGAAAGCAGUCCCUCAACUGCAGCUUGAACAUGGAUUGGCUGUAGAAAGAGUGUAUACUGGGUCGUUUAUGACCUCGCUCGACAUGGCAGGAUUUUCAAUUACUAUAAUGAAGGCCGAUCAAGCUAUUCUGCAACGCCUCGACGCUGCAACUACUGCACCAUACUGGCCUGUUGGUGUAGAUGGCAAUCGUCCACCAGCAAAGAUACCUGUUCCACUUCCACAGUCUCCUUCGGCAAGAAGUGACGUGUCCUUGUGUCGGCCAGUUCAGCUGAGCAAACAAGGGAUCCUUCUCGAGGUGGCUAUUGAGGCAGCAGCAACUGCAGUUGUAAACCUUAAGGAUCCAUUGAAUGAAUGGGACAGCAAAGUCGGCGAUGGUGAUUGUGGAUCAACUAUGUACAGGGGCGCAACAGCAAUUCUUGAGGAUAUGAAGAAAUACUAUCCUCUAAACGAUGCUGCCGAAACAGUAAACGAAAUGGGAUCAUCUAUUAGCAGAGUUAUGGGUGGAACAAGUGGGAUAAUGUACACUAUACUUUGUAAGGCAGCGUAUGCAAGCUUGAAAGCAAAUGGACAGUCAGAUGUUACAUCAAAUCAUUGGGCUGAAGCGCUGGAAGCUUCAACUACUGCAGUGAGUAAAUACGGUGGUGCUAUUGCUGGUUUUCGGACAUUGCUGGAUGCUCUUAUUCCUGCUUCUCAAGCUUUGCAGCAGAGGUUAAAGGCCGGGGAUGAUCCUGUCACUGCCUUUGUUCUUUCUUCAGAAGCAGCCUUAACUGGUGCUGAAUCAACCAAACUGAUGCAAGCACAGGCUGGGCGGUCGAGUUAUGUGUCGCCUGAGAUAGUUGCAUCAGUUCCUGAUCCAGGAGCUAUGGCUGCAGCUGCCUGGUACAGGGCUGCAGCAUUGGCCGUCCGGAACACACUGGAUAGUUCUCUGCCUGCAGGUUCAUCUGCUCCGUGA